GGCGCUGCCUGCAACGAGGACGAUUCGGACGCCACCUAGCCCUAGGACCGACCCAGUACUUAUAAUGGUUCGUUGAUGCGUGGUCGGAGCUUGCCAUUGAGACGGCUAUAGCGGCCAGGGUACCACGGACGGAAGUUCCCGAGGUGGUGAGCGAGUACAUAUUUAAGCCACGUAUUCCGGAGUCGUUGCCCCCAGUAUCAACCUUCACAGGCGAUAUACAAGCCCACACAUCCUCUUCGUGUUACAGAAAAACCAGAGCGACCCGUACGUCACGUGCCCGUUCCUUUUUCGUUUUUUUCAUUGAUCUUCCCCGGACCGUCAUGGCUCUCGACUGGCAGUUUCAUGGCAAACAUAUUCUUCGAUAUAACCAUCGAUUCCCGCCCCGCGGGAAGGAUCGUAUUCCGUCUGUACGAUGAGCUAGUUCCAAGGACGGCUAAGAACUUUCGGGAGCUGGCCACGGGCCAGCAUGGAUUCGGAUAUGCCGGUUGCAGCUUCCACCGUAUAAUACCAGGGUUCAUGAUUCAGGCGGGUGAUUUUACGGCGCAUAACGGAACGGGUGGAAAGUCGAUAUACGGCUUGAAGUUUCGAGAUGAGAGUUUUAGAAGAAAACACGACCGACCUGGGCUUUUGUCCAUGGCAAAUGCCGGUCCAAAUACUAACGGUUCUCAGUUUUUCAUCACGACUGUAAAGACUCCUUGGCUGGACGGACGACAUGUGGUAUUCGGAGAAGUUGUAGAAGGUAUGGAUCUUGUGAAGGAGAUCGAAAUGACAGGUACCGCGAGCGGCGCACCAAAGAAGAAGGUGGAGAUAUCAGCGUCAGGCACAGUUGCGUGAAUUGUUGACCUUUGUGUUUAAUCUAUUGCUCUGUUUUGCGUUGCCAUUUGUUAUCCUUCUGUUAUUCCAUAUCUAUGUUACUUAAUGCUAUACUGCUGCUCUGUGAUCCUGUGAUUACUAUUUC